AUGGUCAUUAGCAAUAUGUGGGCAAUACGGGUGUAGCGGUUUAAGUAGGACAGUCGUCGGAUGUAUUUAGUGCUUCAAUGUCAAAUAUAUGUCCGCGUUUGAUAGACUAUUUUGUACUGGUUGGUUCGCGAUUACCUGGGAAUGCGUACUCAGUGCAGUCUCCCGAGAUUCUUUGUCGAUUUCCUCCCACAAACCACAAGGAUUUCCCUCUUCCUACAGAUGUGUCUUUCUUUUGUCAGCCAGAAGGAUGUAUUAAUACUUCCAGCAACACAUUCCCUAUAAAAUCUUUGGAUAAUAACCUUGAUGGGAUAAAGUCAAUGACAUUUUUAUUUUCGCUAACUGAUAAGGAUUCCAGUAAAACACGGUAUGGUAUUUGCACCAACUUCUUCAGACCAGUCAACCUUAGAAGUGUGAGUAAAACUACAUAUCCAAAUGGCAGGGAAGGCACACAUUUUAGCGACGUAUCUGGUAAUGGACCAGUUCCAUGUUCGAAUGAAAGUAUCCCGGAUAAAUCCUUACCAUCUGGAAAACUAAAAAAUACAAAUAAUGUCUAUAGCUUAACGUCAAUCUGUUUAAUCACUCAUUAUCCUUUUGCUACAACGUUUGCACGGCUUGUGCAAUGUGUACAUGUAAUUUUAAAAAAGCUACACAAAUUGUCAAAACCCAGCUGUGUGGAAAGUCCAGAUAUAUGGGAUGUAUUGACAAGUAAUAUUACACUAUCAUGCUCUUAUCCUGUUGUGGAAAGCACACGUCAGUUCCAGUGUUGGAUUCUCCGGCUUCUCAGUGCACCAGCACCAAUUCCUGGCUGUACAUGUGUAUAUCUUUCAGUUCAACCGCAAACCUUAGGUUCACCUUUGUGUUUUGCUCUUCCUGAUCAAUCACGUCUUCCUUUGGUUGAUUUUCCUGUGAAUCUGCCUUUUGAAAUUAUGGGUAUCAGGAAAACUUUUCGUUUAAUUAUGUGUCUUCUAUUGGAACAAAAAGUGGUUUUACAAUCAUCUGAUUAUAAUAAGUUAUCCUUAACAAUUUUAUCAUUGGUUGCAUUACUCUAUCCACUUCAAUAUAUGUUCCCAGUUAUUCCUCUUCUACCUGCAUGUAUGCCUGAUGCAGAACAGCUUUUGUUAGCGCCUACACCCUAUUUAAUUGGUGUUCCGACAGCAUUUUAUACUGCACGGAAAAUUUUUCGUAUGCCUAAAGAUGUUUGGUUAGCUGAUUUGGAUACUCGUGAAUUAUCUUAUCCUAUGGUGGUUGAUGAAAUACCAGAGUUACCUGAAAUAGAAAGUAACAUUCUUAUUAAUCAUUUAAAAAAAUUACUUCACGAAUUUUCAAGUUCACCUCAUAUUGAUUUGGAUUUGGAUGAUUCUUCGAAACAUUGGCCUGUUUCUGUAGCACGUACAACUGCAUUUGAGUUAUCGAAAUUUGAUCCUUUAUUGUAUACACUGACAAAAGAUUCUGUUGAUGUCGGUAUACGUGUAUCUAUGAUUCUCUUCUUCAAUACAAACAACAUUCUGGGUGGAUUUACUAAUCAUAUACGUACUUUACGAUUAUUUCCUCGGCCAGUCGUUGCAUUUCAGUAUGAAAGUUUUAUGAAGUCUCGUCCAAAGCCAUGUUUGUUUACUAGCAUGCUUGCGAAAACUCAGGCUGUUGAAUAUUUUGCUGAAUCUUCAAUUUGUGCAUUGAAUGAAGCCUAUCAACGUAUCUGUUCAGGAGUUUAUUCCACAGAAUUAAUUGGUGAUAAGUUAUACUGGUAUAAAAAUCAGUUAAAACCAGUCUAUUUUGAUUGUUGUGACAAAUUAAUCGAUUAUGCCACUGUUACAGCUACUAAUACACCCAUAUCAAAUCAAUCAUCUCCCAAGCUCAAGCUAUCCUUAUCAAAUUCCAACCAGUUAAUGUUAUUUCAAGCUUUUGAAUUAGCAAAACGUAUCAUAAAUAGACGAUGUUCUGGUGAUAUAAGUACAGAGAUUGAUACAGAUAGCAUAAAUAAUGAUACGAAUAAUUUAUCGAAUGAUGCUCAAACCAAUGAUUUUAUUGGUAUGUUUAAAACCUAUUCCGAUGACUCUGACUCAAAUCAUUCUUAUGAAACCAUUGUGUCAAAUCGUACAAUAUCGAAAGAGAUGGAAGAUUGUAUUUCAGUUCAAGCAAAUAAACCAUUGCCUGAUUGUCUAACUGAAUUUUACACUCCACCAACAGAGUUAGUUUAUAGCAAAGAACCUAGUACUACACGUUGUAGUCUAUCAUUGGAAAAUGCCGAAAGUACAUUGUCGAAUUUCUGGAGUCAAUCUACUCUGAUAACGUCCGAUCCCAGGAAUAUUAACGAACAACUGAUAAAUACGAACACUGGAAUACAGUCUUUAGGAGUUCCUAAUUCAGAAAGUGGUACUCUAACUAGAUCGUCAUCAAUUUCAUCGAGACGUUCGACAAACGAUACUUUACAUCUUGUAUCUCGUUUAUCCUCCUCUAUUUUUGUGGGCAAUGGUAAUGAUUCGAAAAAAAGCUCUACAGUAACAUCAAAUAAUUUUGGUGAUGAUAAUUUGAGUUGGGAUACAUCUGUUACUUUAUUAUUUGGUGAUUUGUUAAAAUCAAACCGUCUUCGAAGUUUAGCAUUCAAAGAUGUUCCUCUUUCUGCUUUACAAAUACAUAAAAAACGAUUGGAAAAUGAACGUACAAUCAUUGAUUUAUCAAAAUCCAUUAAACAAGGUCGAAUACCAAAUAUAUUUUCACGUAAUCAAAUUAACACAUUAUUACAAGAUGAGAAUUAUCGAAAUCUAUUAAUUGCUCGUAUAAAUGAUAAUCUCUCAAAAGAUGUUCUACCAAAUCAAUUGCAUAUUGAUGAUGUGCCUAUUCAACAGUGGGAUCAAUAUAAAGCAAUUUUAUGGACGCUUAAACAAAUGAUCAAUGGUUUAGAAUAUAGUUUUCGACCGGAUAUUGUAUUCUCAACUACAAAUCAAUAUGAUCGCAUUACUAGAGAUAAAUCACCAUCGUCAAAUAUUCCAAAUCCAUUGAGUAACACUAGUUGGUUAUCCUAUUCUACUGGUAUUUUGAAAAGUGGUGGUUUGGCUUCAGCGUUUAUGCUUAUGGAAGUUGCACAUACGCAUUUCUAUCGGUUGCCUAAUCGAACAGGGCACAUAGAUAAUAAUCAUGAUGAAAAAUUCUUUUGGAAUAGCAUGCCAACUACACCCACAACGGAAUUGAGAUCACCUAUACCAGCAAGAAGAUUAGUUGGUAAUGAUAUUUCUUCAGUUCGAUAUCAAAAUAAUCAAUUAGAUUUAUCGGACUGUGAAUCAUACAGUAGAAAAGGUUCAAAACUAGAGCUAUUUCGUGGUCAUGGUCGUCAUCAGUUCACCAAUGUUAUUGUUACAAUGAGUGAACCAUCAUCGGAUAGAGAAGAUAAUGAACAAAUUCAAUCAAAGCCUAUAUUUAAAUCAGAUAGUACUGAUAUUAUUAAACACAAUAUUCAACCAUUGAAUAAUGCAAACAACACUAUCAAUGUUGGUCAUACUGGAAGUUGCAUUACAGUGAAUCGAAAUAAUGAAUGUGAAAAAUUCGAUAAAUUGUUUGCUUCUGAUGCUAAACUACAUGAAUCAAUCAGUAAAUUAAAACCACAUCGUGAUAAUGAGAAUGGCGUCAACGAUGAUGAUAUACCGCCAGAUUAUGUACCGGAAUUGCCUAAUCGUAAAAGUCAACGAAGUUUUGGCUACAGAUAUUACCAAUCACACUUAAUUUUAACGGAUCCAUCAAUCACAUCAAGUUCAUCUGAUGAUACAGGCGAUCAAACCACAUGUACAAUAUUUACUUCUUCACCGAAUACAUGCACACCACCAGCAGUUUAUCGUCCUGACUUAAAAUUUCAUUUUAAUGAUACUGAAUCAGAAAAUGAAGAUAUAGAUAAUAAACAUCAACAACAAAUAGAGAUAGAACAACGAAGAAAACAAUCAGAAUGUCAUAUGUGUAAACUAACUUUGCUGAUACCAACUCCACCUCCACCAAAUUCAUCAUCAGUCAUGACAGUAUCUCCAUCUAAGAUGAAGAAAGUACCAUGGACUUACUUAUUUGAAGAUAUUUUCGAUACUGAAUGGCAUAAAAGUAAAAUAUUGGGUAAUCUACAAUUUUGGGAAGAUUCCUUUUUAGAUACAGUUGCACAGGAACGAGAUAUACUUGGUAUGGAUUUUCGACCAAAAGAACUUUUAUUAAAAUAUCAAAAUGCUUCUUUAUUGAAACGUAAACAAAUGGAAUUAGAAGAAGAUUGUUUAUUAGUUAAUAUAAUGCAUAAUAUGAUUGCAUUUAUGCUAAUGGCUAAUGUGGAUCGUAUAUCUAUACGUAAAAAAUUACAACGUUUAUUAGCUAAAAGUCAUACAGGUUUACAUUAUUCACGAAAAAUUAAUGAUUUAUUAAAUUCAUUAAAUUAUUUGAAUGGAAAUGAUAUCGAUUUAAAUGUGGCUCAAAGUCGUUUUAUUGUACAACGUUCACAUGAAGCCUAUCGUGGUUCAGAUGAGAGCGGUGAACUAAUAUUUCUUGAAGUUUGUUCUGAUUAUCUAUUAAUUCGUAAUUUAUCUGGACGUAUAUUAGAACGUUUAUGGUAUGAUCAAGUGAUCAAUUUAACGUAUAGAUCACAUACACAUAUAUUAUGCAUUACAAGACAAAUAUUUGAUCAUUCACAAAUGGAUUUAUUUUAUACUCGCAAAUCUCGUUUAGUUUAUCAACAGAUCAAAGAAUCAAUGAAAAAUAUAUCUGUAGAAGCUUCACAUGGAAUAUUAAAUGGUGAUUUGAACGGUGAAAUUAAUGCAACUAAUUUGGAUAACAAUCAACCUGGUACUAUUAGUAUCUUACCAGAUGGAUUCGUUAUCAAAUUCGGUGAUGAACAGAAAUUUAUCAAAUUGCAUAAUAUUAAACGUUGUUGUACAAUAAAAUCGGAAAUAUUUACGAUUGAUGUCUACGAUCAAGAGAAGAAAGCAAUGAUCACUUAUCGAUUUCAAACGGAUAUGGUAUGUUUAUAAUUGAUCUAAUUAACUAUUCUCACUAUAUCAUCCAUUGUAUUCACUUCAUUUCUAUUUUCAAAUAUGAAUGUAUGCAGUAGAUUUCCUAUAAGAUGAAUCACACACUACAUUACUGUUGGGAUAUUCAGAAAAAUAUCCUGUUAAGUCUAAUUCUAUCCUUGGACUUGGAAUGGUAUCAUUUUCCUAUUGGUCAAUACUUAUUUCACGUGUCAUUUUCCUGUUGGCCAAAUAUUGUACAAAUGUUAUUUUCUAUUUUAUGACAACUCAUUUAUUUCAAAAUUUUGUAUCACUUUUCUCAAUGUCAUCAUCAUCAUCAUCCUUAUCAUUUAAGUAAUUCAUUUACUCUGGGAUAAUUCAAAUAUAAUCAAAUAAAUCAAUGAUGUCAUAGCAACUAAUCAUAAUACAUUGGGAUACAUACAAAGGAAAUAACAUAUUUUGUUGUUGUUGCUGUUGUUGCUUGUUAUUGUUCCCAAAUCAAUUCUGUAUGUACAUGUGAUAAAUGUAUUUUAAAUGUUCACCUCCUGUAUUUUAUUCUUGUUCAACAAUUAAUUGUCUUCCUUAUAAUAUACACAUUUCAAUAUUCUUUCAUUCUUUGUAGAUGUUGUGAUCGAUGAGUAUGUGUGUGUGUGUGUGUGUAUUUCUUCUCUACUUGAUGCUUACAUAACUAACUUUAGAUUGGUUGAAGAGAACAAUGUUGUAUACAUUUUGGUUUCUAUUACAUUUUAUUCUAUGUAUCACAAGUGAAAGUGAUCGAAUUUCCUCUAUUGUUUCAGUGCCUGUUAUCGUUAUUCAAUUGUAUUGACAAAUGAUUAUCAUUACUUAAUUACUUACGUAUGCCUGUUACUCCUCGUGGAGGAGCAUAAACCGCCCAUCAGCAUUCUCCAUCCAACCUUGUCCUGGACAAUUCUUUCCAGUUCUUUCUAAUUAUUAUUCAUCCUUUUCAUAUGUGCUUUGAUUUCUCGACGUAAUAAUCAUUAUUAUAGUUCAGGUUAUCUGUUUAAAAUCAUUUCAAAAGAUACCAUUUCAUUAUAUAUUUUCAUUUAUUCACAAUUAUCUGUAUGAUGUUUCAAAUGUCUUUUUCCUCUUGGCUUCAUUUGCUUUGUAUAAGUCAUUAGUUACCUAUUUGAUUAUCAAUGAUCUUUUGUUACUAUAUUUCUAAUUCAUUAUUACUGUGAUAUUCAUAUUCUCUAUCAGUUAGUCUUUCCCUAAUAUCAUUUUCACUAUUAUAACAAUGAUACAGAUAUUUUUUUUCUUAUUGUUGAUGAUCCAUUUCUUUCUUGUUCCCUCCUCCUUCCUCCCUCCUUACAACUCAUUAUUAUCUUUAUAACUGAAGAUGAAAUCUUGAUAUAACUUUCUAGAUUGUUGAUUAUAAAUUUCUUUGUGUUCUUGUCUGUUACUUCAUUUACAUUCCAUGAUAAAAUGGGUUAUGGUAAGAUUUGUUUAGUUGUAUUUUGCAAAAUCUACACUCUAUUAUUAUUCACAUCACUUUGUAUCUUUGUAGUAAUGUUAAUAUAGCAACUUGAACUGAUGUAUUUUGCGUACGUACGUACGAAAUUCUACGUUGUUACUGACUGGCUGACUGACUGAUUAACAUCAUCUUCACAUACACAUUCCUCGUUGUAUAUGUCAAUUUGUUUGAGAAAUGACUUUUCAUCGGUAUUAUUAUUAAUAUUAUCAGUCGUAAUAUUGUUUAUUUGUUGCAGUUUUCUUAAUGUAAAAAUUUCGAUCAUUUGUUAUAAUACAAUUUGAUUGAACCC